GGGGGAAAAGGCGAUGAAGAGAAGGGGCGAGCGAAGACGGCAACGGAGGCGAGGCUGAUCUCUGCGAGUGGGGAAACCAGAGGGGGAAGCGCGGAGGAAGAGCGCGGUCUGUGCACCGGCCCGUCGGCGUCAACUCCCAGCCACCUUCUGCGGACACCGCUUCCUAACCUCCCCCGUUUGGCAGCUUUCAAGGCGCCCCUUGGCCCCUUGCGCCCACCGGCUCCAUGGCUGCUUCGGCUUCACGGAUCUUUUUGCUGACCGUCGGGACGCUUCUGGUGCUCCUCGUUGCCUUGCUCCACUCUGCCUCCCCAGAAAAGAAAGUGCCAAACAGACCUUUCAGAACACGCUUCCGUUCAUCAUCUGGCAGGUCGUCCAUUCAGUGGAGACCAUCCCAUUCGGCAAACUCAAGCCCGCGGAGAUACCCAGGUUAUCGUCAUGGAUAUGGGGAGAGCAACAGGAAACUGAGUUUUAAAUCUCUGCCAAAAGAAGAAAGAGCCCAUUAUGCUAAAAAAAUAGCAUCUGAAUCAGUAUAUCUGGUUUCACCACAUUCGAGGAACUUCCAAGGUCGGACUCAACCGGUACAUCAGGUUGUAUUAACCAAGAGGAAAGUCCCAGAGGAAGAUGAACUGGAAGAAACGAAAGAUAUUGCUGUUCGAGUCAUGUCCUCUCACUCAGUGCUGGUCACAUGGACAGAUCCCUCCAGUGAAAAGCAGAAAAGACCCAUAUCCUCUAGGCAGUACACUGUCCGUUACAGAGAGAAAGGGGAAUCGGCAAGGUGGGAUUACAAACAAGUAUCCAACAAGCGGGUCUUGGUGGACAAACUAAUUCCAGACACUAUGUAUGAAUUUGCAGUUAAAAUCUCACAAGGAGAAAAGGAGGGCAAGUGGAGUGUUUCAGUUUACCAAAGAACCCCAGAAACUGCUCCUGCUAGUGCUCCAGAAAACCUCAAUGUGUGGUCAAUUAAAGGCAAAACUCCUACUGUUGUGGCUACCUGGGAUGCCCUUGCAGAAAGUGAAGGAAAAGUCAAAGAAUACAUUCUCUCAUACGCUCCGGCACUCAAACCUUUCGGCGCAAAGUCCAUUUCCUACCCGGGAGACACCACAUCUGCUUCAGUGGAGGGUCUGCAGCCUGGAGAGCGCUAUAUUUUCAAAAUCCGUGCUGGAAACAGGAGAGGCCAAGGCCCUCAGUCGAAAGCCUUCAGUGUCGCCCUGCCAGCAACCAAUACAGAUGAACUGAAGACAAAUCAACAAACAAAUAUUGAAGAAGAUCCAGUUUCUGAUCCCAAGAAUAAAGUUUUAGACAGUUCAAAGAAAGAAGCAGAGCUGAAAAUGGCUUCUCAUUCUACAGAAGACAUGGUUGAUUCUGUCAAGGCAAUAUCAACAAUGCAACCCAAAGUUCAGAAUGUUAAAGGGAGUGCUAAGUCCCAUUCCACCAUUAAAACUGCACAUACUUUCACAUCCUCAGAUAAAGCACUUCACAGGACACGCACAUUAGUAAGGGCACGGCAAACAAAUACUGAUAAGCCAUCUUCUUCCAUUCCCAAACAUACAGAGGAUGAAACAAAGAAUCUAGGACAGGACAGACCUAACUUCUCUCCUGUCCCUAAAGCUACUUUAGAUAAUUUGCCAAUAGAUAAUGAAAAUAACAACCAACUAGACAAUCUGGAGGAUAAGCCAACAAUGUUUCCUGGAGUUCCAGAAGAGAGUCAUUCAGUUUUACUUUCAAAUAAGCAACUGUCUGAAUCUCAGAAAACAAUUCAUAAUAGACCCACCAAAUUGCGUGUUCCUUCUAUAUCAAUUAAAUCUCCUUCACCAAUGGCAGCUGCAAAGUCUCAAAAUCAUUCACAUCACUUCUCUUACAAACUAAUUACGCCUGAUACCAGUGAUAGUCCUGAUAGCGAUAAGAGCAGAGGAACAGAAAAAAGAGAGCAGAAAUUAAAUUCCAGGGCAUCUUCUCCUCAGGGAGGUUCAUCUCCAUCUGUGCAAACAAAGCCUCUCACAUAUGCUAAUCGCCAUGCAUUGAGAGAUCCAAAAAUAACUACCUCUGCUGUUUCUGCUGCUGCUACCCAUACUUUACCUCAUUCACAUGUUUUAUCUUCUGAUAAACAUAAGUCCAAGGGAAGAGAGAAUUCUGAUGAUAGUGAAAAUGAAAAGAGUGAAAAAGAAGGCAAUGAAGAAGACAAACAAGGCUCAUCAUAUUCUAGACCAAAUUUUAGGCCCUCUUCAGGUCUGGCAACGUCGGAACGCUUUGAUUUAUUAAAAUAUAGAUCUGUUAUUACUUCUAACAGAUUUGCAAAUAGAGCUACUAAUAAUCAUGAUGCAAGAAUGCAAGCACCCAAAGAUCCUUCUGCUACACAGUCUUCCAAAGUUCAUCCUCAAUUUAGUUCUCGUUUAGCAUCUGGCAGUAGUAGUCUUAGGUCUAAUUUCAAUAUCAAUAAAAAACAGGGAAGUAAAAAUGAAAAUCCUCUACCAUCCACUCCUCUCCGUAGUUACUCACCACCCAUUUCUAAGCAGUCUUCUUCAGUAGAUGAUUUCAAAAGGAAAUUUGUGGCUGAAACUAAGAGUCACCACAGAGUUACGCCUACUAACAAACCUAAUCUUGUAAACCCCCAAGAAAAUAACCAUAAUCAAGAAAAAGGAACCACAGAUACAUAUUCCUCAAGAGUAUCUACAGAAAAAUCAUUUCCUCUACAUUCUCCUACUUCCUGGUCUCAACUUGAUGACCUCAAGAUCAAGACUACAUCUCCUAGGACAAAACAAACACCAUCUUUGUCAAAGAAACCAAGCACUGCUUUAUCCCGUAAAAUGGCAGAAUCCAUUCGUUCCUCAAAAGCAUUAACUGAUUGGGCACAAAUCCGAUCCUCCUUAAACUCAAGAAGUGAUCUGACAUCGCUUUCAAAGAAUGACAAAGAACUUACUGAUAAUGACAGUUCAGAAGACAAGGAAACAAAUGUUAAAGAGGAACAAAGAGGAUCUCUUUUAACACCUGCCAAAGAAGUUCCCAUAUCUAGAAGAAUACCUACAUCUUUGUCUCAGGGAAGAACUCGCUCUCUUUCAAAGCAUUUUAAUUCUCGGUUUGAUAGAACUGAUGAAAGAUCUCCAACUCAGUUGUUACCAGAAAAACAAGCUGGGUCAAGGGAUAUAACUUCUACUGAAGUUACCUCUGAUAUGUAUAAAUUGCCUUCAUCUUCCCAAAGAUCUAAAUAUGUACAGCCAAUAUCUACCUCUUCUAAAGACACAAUCAGAGAUUAUCAAUACAGUAGAGAAACUUCUUUGAAACAAACUCGCCUUUCAGAGCCCCAUUAUCCAUCUGGGUCUAGAAUUUCAAGUAGGAUAGCAUCCCAAAUAAACAAAAAGCAUGGACUUUUCCAACCAACCCCUACAAAACUGCCCUCCUCAAAAAUACAUCAGUCGGUUUCAAAUAAUGAUGAUGAUUAUGAAGACUAUGACCAAUCAGAUGUAGACAAAGAUCCUAUUUUGUCUUCAUCAGCCAAGACUUCACAAAUUUCUAACAAACUGAAAUCCUUGCCGAAAUUAAACUUGACUUUGCCACACAUAUCUGAAUCUGUGUCUUCUCAUAGUCGCUUGACUUCCAGUGUUUCUCCAACACAUCCCUCAACUUCUCCCUCAGUGCCUCCUGUUCAACGAAUACAGAACUCAAGAUUAUUAAAUCCUUCUCAACGACAUCAGUUUCGAUUUCCUCAUAGACAAGGUAACAGUGGGAGACCCAACCUGAAGACAAAAACAGAUCCAAAUAAUAAAAUAGUUCCAAAUAAUAAUGGAAAACGAAAUGGACAAAAAAUAAUAAGUGGUCCACAAGGAGUAAAGUGGAUUGUAGAUCUUGAUCGAGGGUUGGUGCUGAAUGCCGAAGGGAGAUUUCUCCAAGACUCCCAAGGAAAACCUCUCAGAGUAAAAUUAGGCGGAGAUGGCCGCACUGUUGUUGAUUCUAAAGGAGCUCCAGUAGUAAGUCCAGAUGGCUUACCUUUGUUUGGACAUGGAAGAUUUAGCAAACCUGUAGCAAAUGCACAGGAUAAGCCAAUAAUAAGUCUUGGAGGUAAGCCAUUGAUAGGCCUUGAAAUGGUUAAAAAAACCACCACUCCUUAUACCACAACAACUACAACAACUCCUGAACCUACGACGACUCCCGAACCUACAACUACAAUUAGUACAACUACUCCUGAACCUACAACCACUGUGCCACCAACAGAGAAACCACGACCUACCUGUCCUCCAGGCACCCACACAGAGAACGAUGAACAGGGGAAUUUUGUAUUAGACUCGGAUGGUCUGCCUGAAUGCUACUCAGAAGAUGUAUUCUCAGGGUUUGAUGCAGAUAUAACAGGAACUACAGAAUCGUAUGUGGUUUAUGAUGAAGAUUAUGAGCUUUUUGAAACUACUUUGCCUCCUUCCACCACCACUACCACUACUACUACUAUUACCACCACUGAAGCAUUGCCUGAAAACAACUUUCCAGAGUUUAGUGUGACAGGCACAGAUCCUUUAUCAGAAUAUGAUUCUGCUGGAAAGAAACGAUUUACUGCUCCUUAUGUGACUUAUCUAAACAAAGACCCAGCGGCUCCAUGUUCUUUGACAGAGGCACUAGAUCACUUCCAAGUAGAGAGCCUGGAUGAACUUGUUCCCAAGAACUUGAAUGCAGGGAUGCAACCUCAGAAAACUCCUCACAACAUCACAAUAGUAGCUGUGGAAGGCUGUCAUUCUUUUGUGAUUGUUGACUGGGCUGCACCUACCCAUGGAGAUCUGGUCACAGGUUAUUUAGUUUACAGUGCAUCCUAUGAAGAUGUCAUCAGGAACAAAUGGUCAACCAAGAGUGCAGCAAGCAGUAAUUUGCCCAUUGAAAACUUGAAACCAAAUACAAGGUAUUACUUUAAGGUCCAAGCAACAAAUCCUUAUGGUUAUGGUCCUAUAAGUUCAUCCAUCACCUAUGUCACUGAAUCUGAUAAUCCUCUUCUUAUUGUAAGACCUCCAGGUGGUGAACCCAUCUGGAUCCCAUUCAAUUUUAAAUAUGAUCCCACAUACUCAGAAUGCAGUGGGAAGCAAUAUGUGAAACGAACGUGGUACAGGAAAUUUGUAGGUGUCGUUCUUUGUAAUUCAUUGAGAUACAAGAUUUACCUCAGUGAUGAUCUAAGAGAUACAUUUUACAGCAUUGGGGAUAGUUGGGGAAGAGGUGAAGAUCACUGUCAGUUUGUAGAUUCAUACCUGGAUGGACGAACAGGACCACAGUCCUAUGUGAAUGCUCUGCCUCCUAUUCAAGGUUAUUAUCGCCAGUAUCGCCAAGAGCCUGUAUCAUUUGGACGCAUUGGAUAUAUGACACCCUAUUACUACGUGGGCUGGUAUGAGUGUGGUGUAACAAUUCCAGGGAAGUGGUAGCUGUGUUGUGGUCCUCUGCAGAUCUUAAUCACAACUUUUGAAUAACUACCAUUGAAGGAUUUGGAGCAACUGCAUCUGGGAAUGAAAGAAAACAAAAAAAUCCCUCAAAGAAGAAACAUGAGAAGCUCACUGGAACUCAGUGAUGCCCUUAUCCUUAAAUCAAUGGUGCUGCUUGGUUAUUUUGCUUCAGGACAUAUAUAGGAUGAAUUUGGGGUUGUCCUGCCUUUCCCCCCUUGGUUGUAGGUUCCAGGUCUAGGCCUGGAAAUGUAACUGAAAUGAGCAGUUAUCUAUGCUCAGUGAAGCCUAAUAUAUUCGAUUAACCACACAGGAAAAAAAAAUGGAAUUGUGAUAUAUCUUGCAAGAAGAUGACUUAAGCAUGCUGUGCUUGCAUUAUGGAAUGUUAACCAGUUUCCACUGCUAUUAAUAGAAUUCUUUGUUGUUAUCCACUUUGGGUUGUGAGCUUCAGAAUGUUGGCUUACAGCUGCACUAUGUUACAAAACACCCCUGAAAACCAAAUGGAAGGGUUGCUCACAGCUUCUUCUGGGGGUUUGCACACGGCUGAACAAAAUACCAGGUCACUCUGUAAAUUCAGCUAGCACAAACAAUCAACAACUGCAACCAGUACGGUCUGGUUGCAGAAAUACUUUUUAAAGCUGAGAUUUUGUAAAGAAAAGAAUUUAGAUAAAUAAUGUUUAUGGGUUAAUGUUUAUGUAAAAGGUGCUAUUCAUAACAAAUCUUCUGAAAAUAUUCUGUGAAAAAUAUACUAUGCACAAUACAUUAA